UGGAUGAAGACCCGACAGGAAACAAGGCCCUGUGGGACCGGGGACUUCUCAAUGGUGCCUCACAAAAGGCAGAAGUAAUCAUGAAUUAUCAUGUGGGGGAGACAGUACUUUCCUUACAGAAGACCACACUGAUCCCAGGAGGCUCAGAAUCUCUUGUCUACACUACCUUGUCAGGCGGGAUUGGGAUCCUUGUGCCUUUCACAUCCCAUGAGGAUCAUGACUUCUUCCAGCAUGUGGAGAUGCACCUGCGGUCUGAGCAUCCUCCUCUCUGCGGAAGGGACCACCUCAGCUUCCGUUCCUACUACUUCCCUGUGAAGAAUGUGAUUGAUGGGGACCUUUGUGAACAGUUCAACUCAAUGGAGCCCAACAAACAGAAAAAUGUAUCAGAAGAAUUGGACAGGACACCACCUGAGGUCUCAAAGAAGCUAGAAGACAUCCGUACCCGCUAUGCUUUCUGAGCCCAACAGUGGGCAUGUCAAAGACUGUGUUCUAAAGAGAGUUCUGAGGACAUACAGGUUGUUGUUUACCCCCUCUUCCCUCCUUUUUUUCUUUGUGAUCACUUUGCUUUGAUCCCAUGGGACAGGAGGAAGGGGCAGUUAUUAAGAUCUUGAAACAUUUAAACUGAGAGAUGAUUCCAUGCACUCUUUGCAGUGAUGCAUGGCCCUGGCCCAGCCUGGGAUGUCCCCUCUGUCCCAGGCAUAUUCCCUGCUUGAAUUGCUUUUCCCUCCCCACCACACCCUUCUUUUUUGUACACACCCCUCAUUUUUAACUGGUUUUCUUGUAAAUAUAGUUUUGUACAAUGUUGACCUUAGAAGGUGGUGAAUGGGGGCUGUUGGGGAGAGCUGAAAGUGGGACUGCUCAUAUAGUGCAAAUACCAUGAAUUGUACCACUCUGGAUCAGAAGAAAUACAAGCUCAUUCUUUUUACAAGUGCUCUCUUAUUUUCUUCCUUGUGGCUUAAGGCUAGAAUCUACAAGGGAGAUUUAUUUCACCCGUCAGCAAGAUCUAGGUGGCAAGAUUUGGAAAUAAUUGUUUUUUUUUCUUUUUUGGUACUUAAUUGGACUUUAGCGGUCUUUCCAAUUUUGUUCCCUUCUAGAUUUUUCCCUACUUUCCUGCCAUUCUUAUCUGACAUGGGCCACAAAUUACUUCGUAGCUCUCAGAUUCAGAAUACAAAUUGAGUGGAGGUUUAUGACAUAUAAUUAUCAUUGUAAGGCAGAUCGGGCAGGUAACACUUGACUUCUUCUAAUUGGCUUGAGUUCAAGUUACCUAGUAAGUUAGGUGGAUUUCUUGUCUUUUUUCCCAGCCUAAUUUCCUUCUUUAUUAUUUGGUGAAACAAAACCUGCUGCCUUGGCGCCAUAGAUAUUUUACAUUACUUCCAUCAGUGGGUUGCUUUUUGAGAAAACAGUGGCUGGCUCUCCUUGAAGGAGAUUUCUCACAAACACUCACUCCAAGGUGGUUUCAGAUCCCAGUGCUCACAAGGAAGCCAGUGCCAUUGGCUGUCAGGGUAGUGCCAAGUUCUGGAAGUCACAUUACUUCUUUCACCUUCCAGGCCAAGUCACAUAACUGACUUUGAACCAAAAAACAAAGGGGCCCCUGUUAAAAGGAACAUAAGCCUUCUCAAAACAAGAACCAGUCAUCAGCAGCCAUGCCGUUUCCAUUGGAUUCAAUAGUUUCCAGGUGUGAUGGGAAAUGGCCUUUAAGAAAUAGAUGUAGAAGGCGGCCUGUGGGGACUGGGAAUUUGCUGAUGGCCUUUUGGCGUCACCUCCAUUCUUUCAUGGCAGUAAGGAUUGGCACCAAAGUGCCAGCCUAAACACCCUGCCCCACCCACAUCAUCCAGUGUCCCUCAGCACUUCUCAGCCCAUGGCUUGGGACUUCAAGGAGAGAGUUCACUUUUUCUGAUUCAGUAAAAUGGUGAUGGUACCCACUCCGGCAUUGCCCUCCAAGGCAUACAAUAUUAUGUGGCUGCUGCCCAGACCUCUGCUGACAGGCUGUCUUGAUUGCGGGAUUAAGUGAGUCUGCCGCAGCUUCACAUCUCAAAAGAACCAGUGUUGUUAUUGCCUUGUGUUUUAACCUACCUUCCGCCUUCCAUCCUCCUUAGUCUGUGAUUUCUCCUGAUGACCAACAGUAUUUAUACGUAGGAAGGAAAGCAGAGACGAAUUUUCUUUCUCUAGCUUCCUUGUUACCCACCUCUGUUUGAGCUUGGAUACUGGAGCACUUCUGUCUCUCCAACCUCUUUCCUAACUAAAGAUUUGACCCCAAGUCCUCAUUUCAUUUUUCCCACUGUCAGCGGGGGCAUUCCCCCUUAUUUGUUUAUUAGUUACGUAGGAAGGGAGAGAACACAUUGCCUCUGUGUUGACCUAAGGAGCUUGAAGUACCACCCCAUCAUUUCCCUUCCUCUCCUUGGGGAGACCAUUUCCUCGCUUGAGAAUUUAGUUUGUAUGAAUUAUUUUAAGUUGAUGACUUCAGCCUAAAGCAUAAACAGUGCUACAUCAGUCUGCACUGCUGCCAUCACUAGAAACAGGAUAGCUGUCUGGGAAAAUUGAAAUAAGGUCUGAAGGCUAAAGGGAUCCUGCUUCAGCAAUGCCAUUCCUUCACCCGAGGCCAUUUCGGGUUUGUAGAAGGUAGCAUCUUUGCCACAGGUGCAAGGCCAACUACACAUCCAUUCAUUCAUUCAUUCAUAAGACUAUAGAUUGUAGAUCUGUUUUCAACUCGUGCUAACAGCUGUUGGGAAUUUUUCUAUAUGAAUAUUCCAGCUAGCUCAGUGGAUUUGGUUGAGGGAACAGUUGUCCAGCAGCCAAAGCAGGAGUUGUGAUUCAGCCCCAAAUCUUUCCAUUACUCAUGCAUCCUGUCCUCUUAAAGGAAGUUCUGGAUAGUGCUAAGGGUCUUGUCCCUGUUCCAUGUGGGACUGACUCAGCGAAAGCAAGCAAUUUAAUGGUCUCCCAGUGAUAUCAGGAAACCGAAGCUUUCUUAUCCCGGUAUCUGAAAAUAUUCUCCUCUCUGUUUGCCCUGUUCUGUUCCUCCAGUACAUCAGUCAUCUAAGUACACCAAGAGAGGAUCAAAAUCAGUCUCUUGCGGUUUUUCCUCAGAGCUGUGGUUCUGCAGAUAGUUUCUUUUUGACGUUCUUCCAAAAGAAGCAUUCCUCCACAAGUUGAGAUUCAAGUUGGAACUGUGGCUGCCCCAUUGUUUACCCUAAGUUUGGGUUGAUGUCGGAGAAGCUGCCACCAGAGGUGCAGAGCUCAUGUUCUUGACCCUAGAGGGCAGAGCCUGGGACAGUGGGCAAGGUGAAACAAUCACUUGAAGAGGACAUUCUUGGUCCUUUGCUGCUGGGACUAGAUGACCUCAGAGGUCCACUCCAACUCACUCUCUGGCCCUUCUAUUUCUGGGGUUAUUGGAUUCACAUGACAUCAUUAAAGGAUGGAGCCUUUGGGGAUCUGCUAUGUGACAGCUGAGCUAUAUCCAAACCUGAACAACUUGAGGGCUUGCCUGGUGUUAAGAUCUUAAAUAAGGAUGAGAAGGAAGAUUAGGACCUGUCAGAAGGGACGUAACGUGGCCUGGCUCCGGAUUUGCAGGUGGGAGGUGGUGUGCCGGCCAGUAAUAGGUCCGAGGCUACCUCAUUCGCCAAGCAAAGUCCUAAGCAUAGCCAAAGCUAAACCCAUCUGGGCCCUCCUUCAUCUGCCCAUGCCUGCCAGGCAGACUUGAACCGUAACAUGCUUACAGGUUACGCUGGAUCUACACUUGUCUGGUGGGAGAAGUCUCCAUUUGUAUCGUGAGGUAUGUACUGAGUGAAAUCUGAUCUCCAUGGUUCUCACCUUUAACCAUCAGCUCCACCUUGGAAACAAACCAGUCAGCCCAGCUGCACGUUGGCGGAGUGCCCAGGACCUGGUAGAGAGUUGUGUUCUCAAACUGUCUCAUCAGAUAAUGCCUCUAUAGUCAGAAAACAAGAGAGGAGCUGCCUAGACCCUGGCAGAAAAACCAUGGGAGCAAGUGGAAAGUGAGGAGCAAGCAGAGACAGGUGGGCCUGCAGGGGUGUAAGGUGUUCACAGACUUGGGGGGGUGCAGAUCUGGAGAAGGGUGUGGUGGGGAGUGGGUGAGCCUGUCGGCCAGAGACCGACUGUGGUUAGAUGAGAAAAGCAGCCGUGUCAACAAUGCAGAGAUUGUGAUUUGAGGACCAUGGUGGCUGGGAAAGGCCUUUAAGUGACCACAGAAAGGGACUUUUCUCUUGGCCUCACAGGCACUGCUCCUAAUAAACUGGAACCCUGCACUUCUCAGCUACUGCCUAGCCAGGUAAGCUUCCAGGUCACACUCCCAAUCCAUCUGUUAGCCUGAAGCUCUUCCUUUUUCAUUUGCACAGUGCACUGGCCCUCAAAUGUUCUCAUUUCCACUGUCAGAACUGUUGAGGAGUCAUUUGCCAGAUCGUGGUGAUUUAAAAAAAACAUACAAACAAACAACUUUCUGCUUGAAUGAGCCCUUGCCAGUGACAAGAAGAAAGAAGCAAGAACACCUGAUAAUCUGUGAUACUCUGCCUCAGCCAUGAGCAGUCUCCUCUACGCAUUAUCUAUUGUCAGGGACUCGAUUUGGGACUUCAGUUACUUUGACUUCCUGUUAGUGAUCUUGUCAUUCACAAUGUUGUCGUGUGUAUUCCCUUCAUUCUUCCAUCAUUUUGCAGUCAGUUCAGACAAAUGUUUUUCUGAAUUGUCAUUUCUCACCGCACGAUAAUCCAUUCAUACACUCUAGUUUUUCCACCAUUCGCCAAUCGAUGGUUAUCCACUUUUGUGGCAACAGAGAUCUGGAAACAGGCUGCUAUGAAUAUUUUGGCAUUUAUUGGAUUCUUGUUUCUGUCUUUCACUUCUGUUGUAUCAAGGGAUAUGGACAAUUUAGUUUGCUGUAAUUCUGUAUCAAUAUCCAGCCUAGAUGGACCAUUUCACAGUUCAUGCAUUGGCAUUGUUUGUGAUGAGACCUUAUUGGGGCCAAUCAAAGUUAAUGAUUUAUUCUUUGAAUAAAAGCUUAGAUGUUUUCAUCUCA